CUGAUGAUGUUUCUUGUGCUUGCCAAUGUGGUACUUAUUCUUGCAUUAUAAAAAUUACUUUGUUCUAAAUUUUUUCUCCAGGAUACCAUUGAUCUUAGCUAGUGUUAUCUGUUAAUUCUAUAGCUUAAAUAAUUAUCCGUCAAGCUGCCAGUGUUGCUGGGCAAUACUCGUAAAGCUCCAUCUCCAAGUGAGCCUACAAACAGUUCAAAUACUACACAAAGGAUCUCCAAGCCCACGUCAAAGAUGGUGUCUCCCAAUGAAGAACCAGAAAAGCUGUUAGAUGAAGCUAUGGCAGUGGUCAGGAGCCAGUCAUUUCAAAUGAAGCGAUGCCUGGAUAAUGGAAGGCUCAUGGAUGGACUGAAGCAUGCUUCCAACAUGCUUGGGGAGCUCAGGACAUCAUUACUUUCACCAAAGAUGUAUUAUGAGCUUUACAUGCUCAUCAGUGAUGAACUUCGUCACCUGGAAACUCAUUUGCUUGAGGAGUUUCAGACUGGCCACAAAGUUGCAGACUUGUAUGAACUGGUACAAUAUGCUGGCAAUAUUGUGCCCAGACUGUAUUUGCUGAUUACUGUUGGUCUUGUGUACAUCAAAAGCAAUGAGAACUGCAAAAGGAACAUCCUCAAGGAUCUGGUGGAGAUGUGCCGAGGUGUGCAACAUCCUCUACGUGGACUGUUCUUGAGGAACUAUUUACUGCAGUGCACACGCCACAUUUUGCCUGAUGUUGAAGAUCCUCCCCCAUCGAACAACCCCAACGAUAAUGAGCAGGGAUCCAUUUCAGACAGCUUGGAGUUCAUUCUGCUGAACUUUGCGGAGAUGAACAAACUAUGGGUGCGCAUGCAGCAUCAGGGCCAUUCAAGGGAGAAGGAAAAGAGGGAGAAGGAGCGACAAGAACUACGCAUCCUUGUGGGCACCAACCUUGUCAGGCUGUCCCAGCUGGAGAUGGUUGAUGUCGAGCGUUACAAGAAGAUGGUGUUACCAGGCCUGCUGGAGCAGGCAGUCAGCUGUCGCGACGCUCUCUCUCAGGAGUAUCUCAUGGAGUGCAUCAUCCAGGUUUUCCCUGACGAGUUUCACCUGCAAACCCUGGGCCCGUUCCUGCAAGCGUGUGCCGAGCUGCACGAGGACGUUAACGUGAAGAGCAUCAUAAGCAGCCUCAUUGAUCGCCUUGCUGCUUUUGGCAACAAAGAAGACAGCGACGGCAUACCCUCUGAAAUAAAACUAUUCGAGAUAUUUUCUCAGCACAUUUCUACAGUCAUCAAGUCUCGACCAGACAUGCCUCUGGAAGACAUGGUGAGCCUGCAAGUGUCGCUUGUGAACCUGGCACAGCAAUGCUACAGCAACAGACUGGACCUUGUUGAUACCGUCCUGGCCAACACCUUGCACAUCCUUGCUGACAACCUCAAGAUCACCAAGAUCCACUCUGGCUCUCCGUUGGGCAAGGAAUUGGCGCGCCUGCUGCGGUUGCCAACAGGAAACUACAACGAUCUUCUGGUGAUCCUGCAGCUACAACAUUUCCUGCCUCUGCUGCAGCUGCUUGACUACCAGGGCCGCAGCACCAUGGGUACUUUCCUGCUCAACAAUGUGCUCGAAAACGGGACUCGAAUCCCUACUCCUGAGCAGGUUGACGGAGUGCUAGGGCUGUGUGCAUCUCUAGUCCGCGACGCUGACGACCAGCCAUUGAGCCAGCCAGACCCCGAUGAUCUGGCUGAGGAACAACUGCUACUCGCCAGGUUGCUACACCAGUUUGAGGGCGCUACCAACGACCUGCAGUACCUGAUCCUGCAAGUUGCACGCAAGCACCUCGAGACAGGAGGACCGAAGCGCGUCAUCCACACGCUCCCCACGCUCGUCUUCCUGGCUUACAAGCUCGCGCAUGCUUACUUCAAUAACAAGGACCAGGAUGAAAAAUGGGGCAAGAAGGUGCACAAAAUCUUCCAGUUCUGCCACGCGACCAUCGCGGCUCUGGUCAAGGCGGAGUACAGCGAGCUGCCCCUGAGACUCUACCUUCAGGGCGCUCUUGCUGCUGAUGUCAUCACCUUCCCCGGCCACGACACCGUGGCCUACGAGUUCAUGUCUCAGGCUUUCUCCCUGUACGAAGACGAGAUCAGCGAUAGCAAGGCUCAGUUGUCAGCGCUGACGCUGAUCGUGGCAACAGUGCAGCAGACACGUAACUUCACAGAGGAGAACCACCAGCCGCUGAGGACGAACUGCGCACUGGCCGCCUCCAAACUCCUGAAGAAACCUGACCAAGCCCGCGCAGUGACCACGUGCGCCCACCUCUUCUGGUCGGCGACCAUCAACGGCCAGGAGUUGCGUGACGAGAAACGUGUGGUGGAGUGCCUCAAGAAGGCGGUGCGCAUCAGCCAGCAGUGCAUGGACGCGAGUGUGCAACUUCAUCUCUUCGUCCAGCUUCUCAACCACUACACUUACUUCUACGAGAAACAAACUCCUGGUGUGACGAUAUCGAUGAUUAAUCAACUGAUCAGCAAAGUGAAGGAGGACUUGACGCAACUGGAGAGCGGUGAGGACCUGGAUCAAGUAACAAGUCACUUGAACACGACGCUCGCGCACCUCGCACUGCGCAAAGAACAACCGCUACCUGACGGACCAAGCUACGAGGGGCUUGUGCUUUAAUAGCGUCGCCUUCCUGCUUAUUGCUUGAACUCUAAUUUCGAUGUAUAUCAUAUGUCAUGCUUUGUCAUGUAAUUUAAAUGUCGUUUACUGUAUACUUUUUUGUUGUUUUUAUUGAACUUGAAUGCCACUUUAUUAUGCUAGUUAGGUUUUUGCUUUGUUAAAUUCCGAGAGGGAUAUGCCUGUUCUUGUUUGCUGUCUAGUCUAAGGAACAUAUUUUCCAGUUGCAAUAGUUUUUAGUGUAAUGUAUUAUUUGUGGUACCUUAUCGUAGACGAGAUAGGAGUCAUGAAGUAUUUAUUCUAGCAGAUGACCCGCAGUUAUGAAAUGCGUGCGCCAUAAAAGUCUGGCAUAAUAUUUGUCGACGCCAGACAACGUAAGUAAAAAUUUCUCAUUGCUCGUCUAAUUGACGACGAAUAAUCGUGGAUUUUGAUAGUUUAUGUGGGCGCUUUAUAGACAUUAGUAUCAAAUUGAACCUUUAUGUCUAAUUGAAUUUCCAGUACCAACUUGAUGUUUUCAAAUUGAAUCUUCCUUCUGGAGCCUAAUUAGAGUGAAGAAUUGAGGGAUUCCGUGUUUGAUUUCUGAAUAUUCUGGUUAUAUAUGUAUUGAUCUCUUACGUGACUGAUCAAAUAGUAAACUCAUUCUUAACUAUAGAGAACGUGUUUUACAAGAUUAUACUUACGAUUUGAAAUAUCACCGAAAACAUAGCUAUUCCAUCCCAAGUAUUAUGGUAAAUUUGGUGAAAAUAAU